AUGCGUCGCCGAAGCCCUUCUCCGUUAGGUCUCGAGCCUGGUUCCGUUGACGAUACGCAAGGGGACUCCGGCUCCAACGUCGAACUGUUCGUAGAACUGGCGAAGACAGUCGAAGACGACACGGAUCUUGUGCGCCGUUCUUGCACUGGCCCUGUGCACCAAAUUGAAGCAACAACCGAGAGUGAGAACACCUUUACAGGAAACACAGGCUUCCCGAAUUCAAGUAGAUCUAGGGACCCUUGCAAGCUUCUGCCGGAGGGCCCCGUCGAAGGCAUUGACUCGCAGCAAGAGAAGGAGCUUAAGAGCAGGAGAAAGGCGGUGACCGACAAGCCAGAACCUGAGAAAUGGGUAGACAUAUACCGCAUUCUGUUUCUUGGUGUCAAGCCUUCACUUAUUCCUUCCCCAUAUUACGAGUACAAGUCAAUGGAGCACUCCCACGCCACUGGAGAUCAGCAUGCCGCUGACUGCUGUAGCAAGACCUUGUCAGUUUACGGGCAGUAUCUUGAGAAGGAGCUCCCAUCUUGCGUUCGACGGAAACUCGAAGAGGACGACCUGCUUGACUUAGACUCUCCAGUCCCAGGCCUAGUGGGUGUCAUAGCCGAUCUGAUUCGGUCACUUCAGCCCGAGAUGUUGAGGGGCUUUCUGGAGAGUCGCAAGGAAGCACACCGACUUCCUGAGACAUGUUCGGUUACUCAAAUCAGCACCAAUGCUCUUCCCAUAGCCGACCAACAAGGCAACGCGCGCAUGCAUGACCCCUCGACUCUUUUACAACCGAUUGACCCCUCGACGCUUUUACAAGAGAUUAAUGACCUAACCUCAGGCGUGAAUUCCUGGUCGCCUGGGUCCGAUUUUCCGGAGGAAUGGUUUAACGGACUGCCUUGGGAUGUCGCAGACCCCCUCGACGACCUCUUGGCGAGAGAGGCAGGCUCGCGCACGGAGGCUUUAUCGGAAAAGGAGAACCUCAAUACGCCGAGGGCUGCUCCUAGGCUGUCCACGGCUACGGUUCCAGACUUGACGAGCGAUAUAUAUGACCUCGACGAGUCAUCCCCCCAGAGAAGUCCCCUGAUGGAGCCAAUUCUGCCCAGUCUCGAGCCCUCGAUAUGUCCAUCACUGCCCCUUGCCGAGAGCUGGGCCAAUUAUCUCCGUCGAGACAGUAUCACGGACGCCUCCGCCAUGGAGCUUCUAGACGGGUCGUCAUCUGUGGACAGUGACAAGGGAGGCGUAGACUGGAUCGAUCCUAGUGUGCUGAAUUCUACGCGCCAGGACGACAUGCCUGUCCCUGUUGCCAACGAUGCACCUCAUCAAUACUGGCUAUGGAAUGAAAAUGCCAUGAACCAUUUCCAUCGGGACCCCGAUACCGGUGAGGUGGCGUGGUAUCCGAGGGAAUUUGACUCAGAUAUAUGA